AUGAGCGAUGAUGCGUCCCCACCGACCGCGGACUGGCCACGCCGUCACCACGACCACGAUGCAACGGACGGAGACGGCCCCGGCGCUCCCGACGAGACGGUGGGCCUCGCCGACCAGAAGAAGAAGAUGCAGUCCAAGCGGAUAGGCUACCUCGACGACCUCCUCCGCAGCCUGGACAUCCUCAUCUACGCCGAGAUAUCCGCCGUCUACUACCUAGACUGCUCUUUCCUGCGCUUCGUCCUCCGCGCCUUCGUGCAGUUGAUCUGGCUCACCCCGAAGCCCGAGAUCCUGCCCGAGCUGCCUUCCAACCGUCCGUACAUAUACCCCAUCAGCGGCUCGAAUCUGAUAUGUCUAUUCUGCCAUCUUUGGUUCCCGCCCCAGUCGGCGGGCGAGGCAACAAGAGGCUACCUGCACGGCGGCCUGUUGAUCGACUGGAUCGGCCAGCAAGGCCCCUCGUCGAAACUGCGAUUGUUCCUGUUGGACUGCUUCAUCCUCGCCCUGCAAGUGGUGAUGCUGGCCGCCACGCUCAAGCUGCAAAAAGUAAAGAAGAGGAGGAGGAGGAACAGCAGCAGCAGCAUCAGCAGCAGCAGCGACGCGACAACGCGAGAAGGGGGCGACGCGGUGGCCGAAGGCCCGUCGACGACGACGACCACCGCCACCCGGCAGGACGUCGACUCGGAGGAACGCGGGAUCCUGCGCCGGUCGUCGACGCUCUCGACCACCACGAUGCAAGACGAACGCACCCCGGACGAGCGGGACGAGCUGCUGGGGGGCGGCGACGCCGCGCUGCCCGCGUCGUCGCCGCAGGCCGCCCUCGACGCGCUGAACUCGGGCCAGGCGGUGGUGGCGGAGCUCUUCAUCUUCGACACGGUCCGCGACCAGAUCGACGUCGCGCUCAACCCGACCGCCGCCGGCACCGCCGCCGAGGCUGCCUCGCGGCCCGCGGUCCUGACCGGCCGCGAUCGCCGGAGGCAACUCGCCGCCGCUCUGGCCCGCCGCCGACUCGCUCUCGCGACCAGGUUUGGAGCUGGAUGA